AUGCCCACUCCUGUCCCUCCACACCCGCGAGUUGUGCGCCCAGGAGGCGCGCGGCGCGCGGCGCCCCGGCCAGUGCAGCCGCAGGCACCGUAUGAGAUCCGCAAUACGAAAGAGUACAAAGUUGCAGCGCGACGAUGGCUAUCCGGAAUUGUGGCAUUGCCAGUUGCGCUGUUUACAACGUGGAUUCUGUAUGAGCGGGGUGAGUACUUUCUAUUCCUGUCGCAAUGGCAGUACUUGCUGGAUGUUGAGGGUUGUCCCUGCAAGGCAAUCAUGCUGACGCUAUCUUCUUUGCAUGGUCUAGUGUAUGGCAGCCAGAGUGUGAAAAGGUUGAGUGACAAACGACAAACGAAGCAAGAAGAACAGGUACCAUCCUCGUCAUCUGAGCAAUAA